AUGAUAAAUUAGAAUAAAUAUUUCAUCAAACUUCAAGAUUUUUUAAGCUCUUCACUUUAAUCUCAUUAGGUUAUCCACAUUGUUCAAGAUGGAAAUUAAAUUGGUUCUAUAGCUGAAUCUGGCUUAGGUUCUGCUUUAGCAAAUUGCACUAAUCUCUCAAAUUUGACUAUUGAUUUUAGUGAUAGUUUGAUAGGCGAUAAAGGUGCAUAAGAUUUAGGUUCUGCUUUAGCAAACUGUACUAAUCUCUCAAAUUUGAAACUUUAUCUUAGCUCCAAUUAAAUUGGUGCACUUGGUAUAUCUGGCUUAGGCUCUGCUUUAGCAAAUUGCAUUAAUCUUUCAACUUUGACACUUCAUCUCUAUGGUAAUCUAAUUGGAUCGAUUGGUGCAACAGACUUAGGUUCUGCUUUAGCAAGAUGUAUUAAUCUUUCAGAUUUGACACUUGAUCUUUAUGAUAAUAAUAUUGAUGAUGAAGGUGUGAUAGGAUUAGGUACUGCUUUAUCAAAUAAUGAUAACCUCUAAAAUUUGGCAUUUUACCUCAAUGGCAAUUAAAUUGGUGAAAUCGGUGCAUCAGGCUUAGGUACUGCUUUGUAAAAAUACACUAAUCUCUCAAAAUUGGCAAUUGAUCUUAGCUCAAAUUAAAUUGGUGCAUUAGGUGCAUCCGGCUUAUGUUCUGCUUUAUCAAAUUGUACUAAUCUCUCAAAUUUGACUCUUAAUCUAUUUGGAAAUUAAAUUGGUGACAAAGGAGCAUCUGGCUUUGGUUCUGGUUUUGCAAGAUGUGCUAAUCUCUCAAAUUUGAUACUUCUUCUUUAGUAGAAUUUAAUUGGUGAUGAAGGUGCUUCAGGUUUAGGUUCAUCUUUAGCAAAUUACUCUAAUCUCUCAAAUUUAACACUUGAUCUCUAUGGAAAUUAAAUUGGCGCAAUUGGUGUAUCAGUCUUAGGUUUUGCAUUAGCAAAAUGUACUAAUCUCUCACAUUUGACACUUGAUCUCUAUGGAAAUUAAAGUGGUGCAAUUGGUGCAUAAGGCUUAGGCUCUGCUUUAGCAAACUGUACUAAUCUCUCAAAUUUGACACUUAAGCUCUAGUAGAAUUAAAUUGGUGAUUAAGGUAUAUCAGGUUUAGGUUUAGCUUUAGCAAACUGUACUAAUCUCUCAAAUUUAAGUCUUUUUCUAAGACAUAUUCUGAUAGAACUCGAAAAGCUCUACAAGAAUAUAUACUUAAAAUAUUUUUUAUGA